AUGCUUUUCCCGAUCAGCGAUCUACCAGAAUCGACUCCAUCACGAUACUCCUAUUCAGUCCAAAAAACUAAUACACUUGAACGCAUAAAAUUUGAGUCUACGUUACCCUCCACCAAAAUACCAAACCUUUUAAUUUGUAAUCUCCGCUCCCUGACGUCCAAGGUCGACGAACUUGACGCUGUGGUGUCUUUUAACCAAACGGACAUGGUCUGCAUUACAGAGACUUGGUUAUCUCCUGCAAUUCCUGACAAUUUGGUAUCCUUGUCCAAUUUCAAUCUGUUUAGGAAUGAUAGACUGGUUUCAAACGGCGGAGGUGUUUGUGCCUACAUAAAUAGCAAUAUCUAUUGUAGACGAAUUGAGGAAUUUGAAAACUCUUCGAUUGAAUCACUGUGGUUAUCAGUGAGACCAAAGAAGCUACCCCGCUCUAUCUCGGUUAUCUUACUGGCUGUUGUUUACCAUUCAACAGCAUCCCGCCAAACUGAAAAUGUAGAAUUGUAUUCACACAUUCAAACCAAUGUGGACUCAUUUUUAUAUUCCCACCCUGAAGCUUUGGUCCUAAUUACGGGCGACUUCAAUUUUAGAAGCACUGGUCUCGAUGCAAACCAUCUUAAAAGAAUUGCUGGUCUGACGCAGAUAGUCAAGGUAGCUACCAGAGCUGAUGUAACUUUAGACUGGUGUUUAACCAACUCAAAGGUGGAUAAUAUUUACGAAUCAAUCCAACUCCCUCCCAUUGGAACCAGUGAUCAUUAUACGAUUCUUAUGAAAGCCCAACCUUCUCCCUCAAAGCCAGACAAUUCACAUAUAUGGAAACGCGAUCUCAGAGAUAGCAGGAUACGGCCUUUUGGACGAUAUAUCACUACAUUUGACUGGCCUCCCAUCUUGGACAUACAUGACUGUGAUACAAAAUAUGAAAAGUUUAACGAUACAAUGACUGUGAUGAUUGAAAAAUUCUUUCCCUUGGAACGGAUUAAAGUACGAAAGUGUGAUAAGCCUUGGAUGACGUCAUCAAUAAAGUCUGCUAUUGGGAGACGCCAAAAAGCCUUACCCGAAAGCGGGAAAAAUUCAGAUAUUUAUAAAUAUUGGCGUAACAGAGUCCAAUCAUGCAUUAAAGUUGCACGAAAGAUCUACUAUAUGAGGUCAGUUGAGAAAUUGAAAAAUUCUAACCCGGCAAGAUGGUGGAAAGAAGUGAAAGCCAUUGGUGGUCUCUCGUCAAAAAAUUCUUGGUAUUCUCAGCUAUUUUCUGAUGAUGUUCGGAAUUGUGAAGAACUGGCCGAAAAUUUUAAUAACUUUCUUACUGCCCUUACAUCACAUUUUGACCCUCUAACUCUCGACGAAAUCCAGGAGGGCCUAGAAGUACCAAAUCAUUACCUCGUUGACGCCCAACAGAUCUAUAGGAAACUUAGUAAAAUUAAAACCACACAAUCACCGGGUCCUGACAUGUUUCCAAAUAAAAUCCUGAAAACAUUUGCCUUUGAGCUUGCCCCAGUUAUCUCAGACAUUUUCAACUCAUCCAUGACACAAGGCACCUUCCCAAAGGCAUUGAAGAGAUCUAUUGUAGUGCCUGUCCCUAAGGUAUCACCCCCAAAGAGUAUUGAAGACGACCUACGACCAAUAUCUUUAACAUCUCAGAUCGCCAAAGUUAUGGAGGAUUGUACUUUGGACAAUUUUUUUUCCUGA